ACAUCGCGCGCUGGUUUGUGUCAUAUAAGUUUGCAUGAUCCAAUAAGAAACGUUGUUUCAAUAAUGAUGUAAAUUGUGCAUUGAUCAACGUUGAACUGCUGUCCAAUGAAUUUUAGACAGAUUAGUCAGGAUUUGACUUAUUGCUAUCGGUUUUAGUCUAAGUGAAUCCAUCUUUUCCACAAAGGACUAUAUAUGGUAUGGGCCUAAAAUGGCCCCCUAACAGGAAUAUCAUUAUUUUACUGGCAUGAUUAGAUUACUGACGGAAAUUCUUUGUUUGACUCUUUGUUUCGGGGUGUUCUUUAAUGGAGAGUGUCGUAUUCUAAAAGAUUGGCAGAAUAUAGUCAAGAGUGAGGAAGAAGAAAAGAAAAUCGAAGAACUGGAUGUAAAUAAAGGAGGUUGCAACAUAUCCGCUGGGUGGAAUUUGACCGGACGAGACCUUGGUUGCUGUGGUAACUAUGAAGGAUGUUGUAGGAUUGCGUCUAAGGUCUGCUAUCUGCAUGACAGUAUAUGUCAGUGCUGUCGCCUUGGGUGGAUAUUUUGUGGACCUGAGUGUAAGCCAGAGACUGAAUGUCUGUUAACAACAGAAAAAAGGAAAAAAAUUUUAACGAACCAUUCAUCAUCGUCAUCAUUUUCUCCAUCUACCAACUCAUCAGAGAGGUCUAGUUCAAUGAUAAUCGAAACGGUCACCUCAAAUCAGGAAAAAGAGACAUCAUCCAUUACUAGCAGCUCGAGUGUGAGCAAAAUUGAAAAUACAAGUGAAGAAGUUAAACAACCUAGUUUUAAUUCAUCCAGUAAUGCAACAAACCCAACGGACUUUAACCAAAUGGAACCAGAUCUUGUCAACGAUCCGGAUGUUAACGCAAAAAGUGAAAGCGAGAACCGGCGAGAAAUGCCCGUGUUUUUCAACAACACAGUCAGUGAAAAACAACGAGUUACCCAUACAAUGGGUGAAAUAGAGAAUGAGAAAGAAUUUCCUUUGUUGAAGACAUACUCAAGACAUAAUGAUAUAAUAGAGGGGAGUGGGGAGGAUGCCUGAGUUUAUCUAUAAAUUAACAGAUGCUGUAAAAACAUAUUGUUAUGUCCUCUUUUGUAAAACUGGGUCGUAUUCGCUUCUUCUACGUACCGUCUAAUAUGUGCCACCUAGCUGUCCAACAGGCUUUAACAGCUGCGUACCAUACUGGAUGGAUGUAUUUACUAGAAAUUGGGAUGAAUCACCAACUCCCAUAAACACAAUACAGAAAAAAACACAUUUAUAUGUCUCGAAUGUAACACAAAUUUCAGAACUGCGGCUGCUAAUUAAACUGUGAAGAAUAUCCGUAUGAAAUGCUUAUUUGCUGAUCCCAACAUUUUGAGGAAACUUUGACAAAAUCGGAAGUAACCAGCAACAUGUUUUUUUAAAACACAAUCACAUUCAAAUGUCGGAUUGUUAUAUAUAUCAAUUGGAUCGGAAAGGUUGUAAGACCUGUAUAAAAAAUAUUAUCACUUCUAUAAUGUGCUGGGCAAGUAUAAAAAAUCCCCAAAAGAAGGGCCAAGAAUUAUAACAUGCGAGAGAAACGAAAAUUACGACAUGUUUUAUGGUUGACUUAAGCUAUUGGUUACUUGUAAACAGGCCUAGGGCUAGAGGUGUAGCUCUCUAAUAGGAGCAGAGAGGAAGCAACGUUUUAACGUUGACUUGAGUUAUGGGUUACUUGUACAUGUAGCUAUGUGAUAGGAUCCGAGAGGAUGCACCUUCUCAAGCCUUCCUAAGGCCAAGUUUAUCGUGGUAAUUUGUGUACGAUUUGAAAAAUAGUUUUUCUUCACGGUCAUUAGUUGGUAUACGUUUGGAAGUUUUGGUAAAAUUAAUAUAAGUAAACUGACUUAGUCAAAUUCAUUGGAUGACAUUCAGCGUUUUAUAAAUAGGGAUAAACUGAUUUUCAAACGACUUCAAAACAUCAGGAAUAUGUUGCUCUUAAGUUUGACAUAUAUGUCAGUUCGAUUAAUUAAUUAAGAUUUAUUAUUAUUUUUUAAUUUGAUUAAAUUUAAAUUCAUUAAAGAUAAUACCCGAGUUGCAAACGGUUUAUCUUAACGAUGUAAAGACAACUGCAAUUUUGGUCAUCAUUUAUAGGUAAGUUUUGCAUAUCCUUCUCUGAUUGAUGAAUUGCCGUUUUAUCAUCAAAUCUCCAUGUACAAUAAAAUAUAAAAAGCAAACCAUAUAGUAAAUUUAUUAAACAGACAUCCCAAAACAAUUUUAACGUUAUUCUGAUUCACAAUUUGGGUAACAGGAAUCACUUCCAAUGAAAUCCUCCCGAUGAACAUCACGUGUUCUAUAUGUAGAUCUAAACAGAAGCAGUAGUACAUGUUGAAAUAAUGCAUAAUUAUAAAUACUUAAAAACUGUAACAUACAAAGUGAUUUUUGUAAAAUCAAUAUAUAUGUAAAUACUAUGUGCAGACAUACAUCAUACAUUGAUUAUAUACAAGAUAGGAUAGGUGAAGACCAUUGGAUUAUCUGUGCUAAUAACUUGAUUGGGGAAAAUGUAAAGGAAAUAAAAAUCAUAAGGCAGAAUGGGGCGCCUCCAAUUUGUAAUCUUCAAAAAUUUUGAAAACGUUGAAAGGCUCAAUUUAUAACUGUCUGAAUAUACAUGUAUUUUGUACUUUCAUUAUCAUAAAUAUAGCAAAAUGUCCCAU